UCUUGCGAUCAUAAGCGAGGAGGCGAGUGUAGUGUCUGGAGGGCGGCGGUGGGCGGCGGUAACGGAACUUGACUCGGUAUUGUGGCCUCGGAAGUCCUGAUCCCUUACCACUGAGAACAAGAGAGAGAGCGGGCAGCGCGAGCCCUGAUUGGACGGAGUCGAGUCCCAAAUUAGGCGACUUACCAAAAAACGGGAAGAUGGACGAAAGCGCCGGAGAGAAUGCGGGAGCCGUUGCCGUCGCGGAAUCGACGGCCGCCGACAGUCCGGCUUCCGUUCCCGUGGAAGAACAGCUGAAGCGGCUCGAGGAGAAGGAGCAUAGGGCGAGGAAGAGGCGUCCGGGAUCCUUCUGGAAUAAACCACCAACUUACGUUUACGCGGACAAUUUCGGGUUCGGAGUGCAAAGUUACCAGUCUAUGAUAGAUUAUCUGGACGCGAAGGAUCACGGCGGCAAAGCAAACAAGGAUGACGUUCACCUGCCGAUGCUAGAGGAGCGGUGCAUGAGAAAGUUCGAUCCCAGGAAACCAUUCAGGAGAUACAAGAACUGUGAGAUUGAUGAGUACAUCGACAAAGGUGAGAACAUCCGCGCGCAGAUCAGACAGAACGACACCCUUGGCCUGAGCAACGUCCUGAGGCGAACCCACACCAACUGGUCUAUGACGAGGAAGUUCGUGCAGUUGGUCAAGAAUUCGUACGUGGUAGACUACCGCAAACUCCACAAGAAGGGCCACGAGUUCGAGGACUACGAGGACUACCGCUCGACCUCCCCUCUGCCCGUCAUUAACUACCGCGAGCUCUCCCCUCAGCCGCAGUUCGCCGAUUACGACUACCGCGAGCUCACUCCUAAGCCUCGCUACGUCGACGACCUCUCCGCCGAGUUCGCAAGCGUCCUGAACACACUCUCCCAGAGCAGGAUGGAGCACGAGAAGGAGCUCGAAACCCGCCGCGAGAGGAUGCGCAUGCUCGACUCCAAGUUCGAGGAGGUUGUCGGUCAGAUGUAUGACAAGAUGAGCCGCAUCAACGAGCGCGCCGAUACCAUCAUUCGGGCGCGCCCCGACCAGCACGCGAUCGAAGCCGCCAUCGGCAACGAGAUCACCCUGCGGAACAGGGCGCGCCGCGACGAAGACAUGCGGCAGAUGAUGGAAUGCGUCAACGAACUUACUCAAAUGGACAGCGCCAGGAAUCAACUGCGCACGAGCCUGCGCAACCUUGAUGACGAAAUGUACGGUUUAGGCUCCCGCGUGGUCGACGUGCAAGAGCAGCCCCACAAGGAGGUACAAGUCGACAGCGACGGGACCGCCGGACUAGACAUGCUGAGGUCAAUGAUUGCCGCGCGCAGGAGUCGCAGCCAGUCCCUGGCUCGCUCCGUCGUUCAGGAAGAGGAGGACGAGGAGCUCUUCGUCAAGAGUUGCAGGAAGCCGAAGAAGGCCCUCAUCUUCCCCAAGCACGAGCGCAUCACCACUCGCCCCAAGCACCCACUGCUCAAGGACGAGCUGCUGUCCGACGUCCACGCCCGCGUCCUCAACAAGGCCGGCGAGAUCGGCUCCCGCACCAGCGAGUGUCGCAGGAUCAGCAGCCGCGCCCGAUUCGUCAACGUGUUCAAGCCGCGCCCUGACACCUGCGACUAUGACCUGAUCGUCGAGCCGUCCAAGGUCGAGAUGAACAUCGACUACAUGGCCAAGACCCUCGCCAUGAGGGGCGCGUGUCAGCGCCGUUGGGGCGUCGACGACGAGGGCGACAGGCCCGUCUCCAACAUCAACACCAACGCCUACAAGGACUAUCGUGAGUUGAGGGCGAGGAAGCCCAUCGAGCAGCACCCGUCCAUCAGCAACCGCGUCAGGUACGCAACCAUGCGCGCCAGGAACAGGACCACACUCCUCGGCUACUAAGUCUCCACGACCCCAGCUACCACCGAGACCUGCGACGACCAUAGGGAGAGAAAUAGUCUACCCUUCGACGACCACAGGGAAGAAAGAAAACGACCCUCCUUUUCACCAGAAGCGAAAGGCAUUCCCAGACCUCGACGAGAAGGAUAUAGAGAAAAAAAAAUGAUACUAAAGAAAAGAAAGGGGUUUCCACGCUUCAAGAAACCUCCCAACGAUUGCUCAGUGUCUUCCUCCAUCUCCUCGAUGUCUCCGCGUGAGGAUCUGCAUCCCCUCAGUGUGCGUCGCGAGGAGAUGAGUGGUGAGAUCGAAAGUGCAGUGCAAAACCAAAACGAAAAAAAAAUCAAAAGAAAGUUUUCCCGUGUGUAUGUGACGUGUUUGUGAAGUGUGUGUUGUUGACCAAUUCUCUGACCUCCCUGUUAGGAAAAGAAAGAAAAAAGAAACAAAAUCUCAAUGUGCUAGCCGGGAAGACCAUCUAUUAUUUGAAAACCGAAAGAAAUUAAACGAAGAUUGCGAAGCAUUUUAUUUUAGUUUGUCCGAAACUAUUAAUAAGUAUUAAUCACUGUCCAGCAUGCAUUAUUAUUGGAAUUGCUGUAAUGUGUGUAUGGACAAUUAUUUUAAGACACUCUUAUCGAUCAUUACUGUUGAAUAUUUGAUAUAUUCAUUUCUGUCAUGUUCAUUUGCUCGUGUUCUGAUUUUGUUCACAUGUCACGAUCGAAAUAAACCAUAACAAAAUGGA